UAGAAACAUUCAAACACAGAAAAAGUCCCCCUUUUUUUCCAAGGUUUUUCUCAAACAAAAGACCUAGUAAACCAACCCAACCCAUACCAUGUUAAAAUAUUUCGAUCAUACCCACCCACCAAUCUCAAUCUUGUUUCCUUUAAAUUUACAUCACAUUUUUUUUCUAUAAGUAUCAUCUUGUUUUGAACAUUUGUUUUAUAUUCUUGAAUAUUUCUUUGUUGUUAGUAACAUCAUAUUGGAAUUAUGGGAAAUGUAUGUGUAGGAGGAUCAUGCUACUCAAAAGAUGGAUUCUUCCAUUUAGUGUCACAUCCAUACUUGUGGUCUCGGUCACCAGAUUUUAUCGAUUACAAAGACGAAGAAUGUAACAAAGUAGACAAAGAUCCUAGACCACUCGUCGCUGUUCAAAACGCACCUUCACCAUUGAUGAUCAUAGCAAAAAACGACGCUAAACCAUCUCCGCCGCACACAGCCCCUAAUCAAGACGUCAAGCGGUCAGAGGACGCAUCAUUGCAGCCGAAGGUGGCAUAUAAUGUUAAGAGAAUGUUGAGUGCAGGGUUACGAGCUGACUCGGUUUUAAAAACCAAAACCGGGCAUUUGAAAGAGUACUAUAACUUGGGUCCUAAACUGGGUCAUGGUCAGUUUGGUACAACUUUUAUUUGCAUAGAGAGGACUACAGGUAAAGAAUUCGCGUGCAAAUCAAUCGCGAAAAGGAAACUGUUAACCGAAGAGGAUGUAGAGGAUGUUAGGAGGGAAAUUGAAAUCAUGCAUCAUUUAUCUGGACAUGCUAAUGUGGUGUCGAUUCAAGGGGCGUAUGAAGAUUCUGUUGCGGUUCAUUUGGUUAUGGAGCUUUGUGCUGGAGGUGAACUGUUUGAUAGGAUUACGAAAAAAGGACAUUAUUCGGAACGAAAAGCGGCUGAUCUUGUUAGAACGAUUGCUGGUGUGAUCGAAGCUUGUCAUUCGUUGGGCGUUAUGCAUCGGGAUUUAAAACCGGAGAAUUUUCUGUUUGUUGAUGAAGAUGAAGAUUCGCCUCUCAAAACUAUAGAUUUUGGGCUAUCGGUUUUCUUUAAACCAGGGGAAACUUUUAGCGAUGUGGUUGGAAGUCCUUACUAUGUGGCACCAGAAGUUUUGUUAAAACAUUACGGUCCAGAAGCGGAUAUAUGGAGUGCGGGUGUAAUUCUUUACAUUCUUCUUUGUGGGGUGCCUCCGUUUUGGGGUGAAUCUGAAAAUGAGAUAUUUGAAGAGGUUUUGAGGGGCAAACUUGACUUUUCCUCUGAUCCAUGGCCUAGUAUCUCCGAAAGCGCUAAAGAUUUGGUUCGAAAAAUGCUUACUAGAGACCCAAGAAAGCGGAUAACGGCUCACGAAGUUCUUUGCCACCCUUGGAUUAAUGAAGACGGUGUUGCUCCAGACAAACCUCUUGACUCUGCAGUCUUGAGCCGGUUGACUCAGUUUUCGGCCAUGAACAAGCUCAAGAAAAUGGCUCUAAGGGUUAUCGCGUCAAAACUCUCAGAAGAAGAAAUCGCCGGAUUAAAACAAAUGUUCAAGAUUAUAGAUACGGACAACAGUGGUUAUAUUACUUUUGAAGAGCUAAAGGCUGGACUUACGCGUUUUGGUUCUAAUCUUAAAGAAUCUGAGAUAUAUGAUCUAAUGCAAUCUGCGGAUAUUGAUAAUAAUGGUACUAUCGACUAUGGAGAAUUUAUAGCUGCAACGUUACAUAUGAAUCAAGUCGAUAAGGAAGACUAUAUGUUUGCUGCCUUCUCAUAUUUUGAUAAAGAUGGCAGUGGUUAUAUCACCCUUGAUGAACUCCAACAAGCCUGCAAAGAAUUCGGAGUAAAUGAUGUUCAUUUAGAAGAAAUUAUAAAAGAAACUGAUCAAAAUGAUGAUGGCCGUAUAGAUUAUAAUGAGUUUGUAGCAAUGAUGCACAAGGGAAGCGCGGCGUUGACAAAGAAGCAGUUGAAGGAUGAUUUUAGUGUCGGGUUAAGGGAGCCGGUGCCAGUUUGUUGAUAUUAUUCGUGUUCGUUUUUUUUUUUUUUUCGAUCUACAUCGUCACAUAUUGCAUCCUAACAAGUAGAUUAUGUGACAUUGGUUAAUGUAUGUAACUAUGAAACUAUACAACCUUUGUUGAAACUGUGGCCAAAAAUAUGUAUAUUACCUAGUU